UGCCACUACCACAGCGCUGCCUGUGAGGCCGUGAGUGCCAGUUCAAGUUGCCCUGCUGCUGCGUCGCGCGGAGACAGCAACGACGUGGUCACGCGGCUGCAUUCGCGUCGCUGCAACUGCAACCUGACCCGACGACGACUGCGUGCCGAGCGAGCAUGGCACGCAUCUGCUUGGCACCUUCGCCACAGCCCACAGGAGAGAACCUUGUCCAGUCGUCCAGGUACAAAGAUGGAGAGAGUGAGCCCAGGAAACUCUCUGCCUCUGGCCUCUCUGCUCGCUCAGCUCUGGCCAGCGGAGGAGAAGAAGAGAGUCCCCGUGACGACCGUGAGUGACCGACCUCUGCCGUGGGGCGCUGGCAGCCAUUUGCUUGCUGCCGUCGUUGCGCGAUGAGCGCGGGUGCAGCCCGGUCCGUGCUCGUCGUCGUCUUCUUCGCCCUGCCUCUUCUCGUCUCCAUGACCCACGUGUUGCCAACCUGCUAUGCAGGCGGCCACCAGCAGCCGGCGCAUGUCGGAGCGGACCCGCGCUCACCACCGAUCGAUGGCGGCGAGCACGCAGAGCAGCGGCAGCAGCUUAGCAGGCUGGGCUCCAGGCCGCCGUGCUGCGACCGCAAGUGCGGCGCGUGCGCGCCGUGCAAGGCCGUGCAGGUGCGCGCCGGCGCCGGCGCCGCGGCGGAGCGCCGCCUCCGCCCGCGCUGCGCCAACUACGAGCCCGUCGGGUGGAAGUGCAGGUGCGGCGCCGCCGUCUUCGACCCUUGACGUGGCUAGCUAACUGCCCGCUACGUACGGCUGCCAGCUCCAGCUUCGACCAGUCCGUGGCCCUGCUGAAUUGUAAUCGUCGCAUGCACACGCUGGUGACGCUGCUGCCUGCUGGAUGGUAGCGAGCAUGUGGGCUUGUUUGCGUCUGCAUUAGACUUGUGCUACGCCACACUUGUGUACGUAGACGUAGCCUGCAUACUACUCCCACCGCAUGUCUAUCUGCAACACGAUUGUGGGUUUGUGACAAUGAAUUUUGCUUAGAUUUUAAGAGACGGUGUUGUUGGUUAGCCAGUCAUAUGCUUCAGCUUCUACACUGGCGAAGCAGUUUUCACGA